AUGACCAUCCUGGGGUUCUACUUACCGCCCGAGGCCGGGGAGAGGGUCGGGCUCGGCAUCACCGUGCUGCUGUCUUUUACUGUGUUUCUGCUCAUGGUGUCGGACCUCAUGCCGCCUACGUCAUCAGCUGUACCGCUGAUUGUGUGUUACUAUGGCAUCACGAUCAUCAUGGUAAUGAUGGCCCUGUCCAUGACGGUCCUGGUGCUGAAGCUCCACUACACGGAUCCGGACACCCGCCCCGUACCGCCCUGGGUCCGGCGUCUCCUGCUGAGCGGAGUCGGUCGGGUUUUCUGCACUCCCUCAGGUCAGUACGGUGUAACUCCCCACCUGUUUGUUAUUUGUGUGUUUGUGCUAUGAUUUUUGUUGUUCGCGUCUUCAAGGCAGAAAAAAAAACAACUGUCGAACCCAGUAUGUCCCAUUGCAAUCAGCUGGAGAGUCUGUGCUUGUUUGUUUGCUUGCUUGUUUGUCUAUCGUUGUUUUUGUUUGUUUAUGCAGGUGCAGAGAAACCCCACCAAACAUCGAACCGAGUCUGUCCCACAGCAGUCAGCUAGAGAGUCCAGAGAGUUUGUUUCAGUUUUUUGCUUGUUUGUGCUACCGUCUGUUGUUGUUGUUUGUACUUGCAGGACCAGAGAAACCUCCACCAAACAUCGAAACCAGUCUGUCUCACUGCAGUCAGCUGGAAAGU